CGUUAAAAGCCUAACAGCCGGACGACAGUGACUUGUCUCCCCCCCGGCGGCCACUACCACUCCAGCGGCCCCGAAAAAAAAAUCGGUUUUUUUUUUAACGCCCGUUUAGGGCAUUGAGUCAGUCAGUAUCCGGCAUAAGCUUGUACGGGAUUCCUUCGGCUUCCAGACUCCACGCCGCCUCGCACCUCUUUCGCCCUUCCGCGCGCUUCGACUUUGGCCCAAAUGAAGUUCUUCGCCAGCAGCAAGAAACCAUCCUCCAAAAACCCCGCCGCCGACCCCAGCGUUGAUGACCGCUUGCGCGACGACCUCUUGCAACCCGUCUCGGAGCCCUCGUCCCCCGCGCGGUCGCCGUCCAAGUCGUCGUCUCACCCGUCCAAGCCGUCUAAGAAGUCGACGUCGAGGCCCUCCUCGUACGUAGAGCCCAACAAGGCCUCCUCGCGCUCGUCUCGACUCUCGCGGCACCCGACCGACCCGGGCCGCGCCUCCUCUCGCCGGGCCAAAGUCGACCCCGACACCCAUCCCUUGAACCUCCCCCCCGAGGAGCGCAAGCGCCUCUCCGACCUCGCCACCUCCGCCAUGAACGGCAACUCCAUGGAUAUCGACCGCGAGCCCGUCAACGGCGCCGCCAGGGCCUCCACCCCGCCCAACUCCAACCCCUCCGCCCAGGCCAACUUCUCCGUCCCCAUCCCCAAUGGAACCAGCCAUGACGAGGCGCCCGCUCCCCCGCCGCACAAGUCCAACCCGUCCAGCCCGACCAUCACCCCGCAGGAGGAUGCCGAGUCUUACAAGGCUGCCGGCAACCGCUUCUUCAAGGACAAGAACUAUGCCAAGGCCAUUGAGCAGUACAGCAAAGCUGUGGAUUUGUUCCCUUUCGAGGCUACAUAUCUAGGCAACCGGGCUGCUGCUUACAUGUCCAAUGGUCAGUAUGAGUCCGCUCUCGAGGAUUGCUCCCGGGCCGCCGACAUGGACCCCCAGAACGCCAAGAUCUUGCUGCGACUGGCCCGUAUCUACACCGGCUUGGGACGCCCCGAGGAGGCCAUGACGACCUUUGGCCGCAUCAACCCCCAGCCUUCUGCCAAGGAUAUGGCCCCGGCCAAGGAGAUGCUGCACCACAUCGAAUCUGCACGACAGACCCUUAACCGGGGCUCCGCCAUGUCCAUGGUUCUCCACGCUUUGGACCUUGCUGAGCGUGGACUCGGCCCCAGCGUCGGCAAGCCCCGCAAGUGGCAGCUUAUGCGCGGCGAGGCCUACCUUAAGAUGGGUAGUGAGAACGCUCUCGGCGAAGCCCAAAACAUCGCCAUGACCUUGAUCCGCAACAACAACCAGGACCCCGAGGCCCUGGUUCUUCGUGGCCGGGUGCUCUACGGACAGGGUGAGAACGAUAAGGCCAUUCAGUUCUUCCGUAUGGCUAUCAACUGUGAUCCUGACUACCGGGAUGCUGUUAAGUGGCUGAGGAUUGUCCAGAAGCUUGACCGCAUGAAGGAGGAGGGCAACGUUGAAUUCAAAGCUGGCCGCCUGCCGCAAGCCAUCCAAAAGUACACCGAGGCUCUGGAGAUCGACCCCUCCAACAAGAACAUGAACGCCAAGCUGCUGCAGAACCGAGCCCAGUGCCGGAUUAAGCUGAAGGAGUACGACGAGGCUAUUGGGGACUGCGAUCGUGCUAUCCGCCUAGACUCCAGCUACAUGAAGGUCCGAAAGACCAAGGCCAACGCUAUCGGCCUGGCUGGCAGAUGGGAGGAUGCUGUCAAGGAGUGGAAGUCCAUCCACGAGAUGGAUCCCGAGGACCGCACCGUCAUGAAAGAAAUCCGCAAGGCCGAACUCGAGCUUAAGAAGUCCCAACGAAAGGACUACUACAAGAUUAUGGGUCUGGAGAAGUCGGCUGAUGCCAAUGAUAUUAAGAAGGCCUAUCGCAAGAUGGCUAUCAAGCUGCAUCCCGACAAGAACCCAGAUGACCCACACGCCGAGGACAAGUUCAAGGACAUGCAGGAGGCGUACGAGACCUUGAGCGACCCUGAGUAAGUCAUUCCUCGGCCGUCGAGAGCGAAUUAGUGCUAAUUAAGUUUGCAGGAAGCGAGCUCGCUAUGACAGUGGCGAGGACCUUGUUGACCCCAACGAUAUGUUCGGUGGCGGCGGCAUGGGUGGAGGCAUGGGCGGCAUCGACCCUGA